AUGUUGAAACAACCAUGUUUAUCUCUGGAAUCAUUGCAGCUGUACAGUUAUCAACAAAUUUGGGUCAAGAAAGGAAAAAAAUUGACAUCAUUACCUCUCAGUUAUUUUGAUACUAAUGAUUUAGGUAUUCCUAAGUAUUACUUAAGUAAUCGUUAUAUCUACGGUCUCGUUCAAGUUUGUCGUGUAAUUAAAUCAUCUGAAUUAAAUAUAAAAGUUAUUGAUAAAUCUGAUUUACCGAAUAUUAAACUAGGAGUCUAUGAGAAAGUCUUAUCUAAUUCAACAGCUGUUUUUCGUUUGAAACAACACAAUGAAACUCAUUACGUAUCAUCAAUCAUCACCGGAAAUUGUAUUUACCAAGUCUAUGUAAAUCGUCAUAAAUUUUGUAACACUGCCACUAAUUUUAACCCUCAAAAAAUAGAUACAUUUUUUGAAUCUUCGGUCAACCAAAGUUUCAUCAUGUCUGCAAAUAAUAAUCAAUCUAUUGAUGAUUGGAUCAAUGAUUAUUAUACUCAAUCUGACUUGUAUUAUUCCUUGCACUCAUUUUCUAAUUUUUCAAAGCAAACACAGCUAGAGAUUUUUAAUCAUCUUGGAAAUGAAGUUGUGAUAAACCUUGAGUUACGGCCACUGCUCAAAUUACCGCGAACAAAAAACAAAAUUAGACGGAUGAAUCAUCAUAAAUCAUUGAAUCAAUUGCAAAUUGGUGAUAUCAUAGACAUAAAAGAUUUGGAAAAAACCGAUUCGCAUUUAAAUGUCGAUCAUAAAUUAUAUGAGUUAUUCCAGCAUUACUCGGCAAUACCAUUUAUAAACUACAAUUUUACUGAUUGUAUUAACUACAAAAAUUCCGAAGAAAUUGAUUUC